AACAGUGGCAAUCCUAUCAGCGAUGAACAAUUUUCAUUUAUGUGUGAAUAUUGGAAAUUUCGUGCCCUAAAAUCUUUUCUCUACAUAUAUGAACAUAUCUUCAAGUGUUGAAAUUUAACAUUUAGGGACUAGUAAAAUUUUCGAAAACGUUUGGAGUUAGCUAUUCAGGACAAAACACGUUUUGUGUGGAUUUGAUACUUGCCUGAUAUCAUUUAUCACCAUGGAGAAGUUACGUCUCAUGAAGGACAAUCGGUCAGAAAUAAUUGUUGGCGGGAAGUACAGAAUAAUUCGAAAAAUAGGUAGCGGAUCAUUUGGAGAUAUUUAUCUGGGAAUGAGUAUACAGAGCGGUGAAGAAGUUGCCGUUAAAAUGGAAAGCGCCAACGCUCGGCACCCACAACUCUUAUAUGAAGCAAAAUUAUAUAGAAUUCUAAGCGGUGGUGUUGGUAUUCCCAGGAUCCGAUAUCACGGAAAAGAAAAAAAUUUUAAUACUUUGGUUAUGGAUCUUCUUGGACCAUCUCUUGAAGAUUUGUUCAAUUUUUGUACACGCCACUUCACAAUUAAAACGGUGCUAAUGCUAGUGGAUCAAAUGAUUGGGCGCCUUGAGUAUAUCCAUUUAAAGUGCUUUAUUCACAGAGAUAUUAAACCCGACAACUUUCUUAUGGGAAUCGGGCGUCACUGCAAUAAACUAUUUUUGAUUGAUUUUGGCUUAGCUAAAAAAUAUCGUGAUCCUAAUUCUCGCACACAUAUACAAUACCGUGAAGAUAAAAAUUUAACGGGUACAGCACGUUAUGCUUCAAUAAACGCUCACUUGGGUAUUGAGCAAUCAAGAAGAGAUGAUAUGGAAUCAUUAGGUUAUGUUAUGAUGUAUUUUAAUCGUGGAGUAUUACCAUGGCAGGGUAUGAAAGCAAAUAAUAAGCAACAAAAAUACGAAAAGAUUUCGGAAAAGAAAAUGUCAACUCCGAUUGAAACGCUUUGUAAGGGAUUUCCAGCAGAAUUCUCAAUGUAUCUUAAUUACUGUCGCAGUUUGCGCUUUGAGGAGCAACCUGAUUAUAUGUAUCUCCGGCAGCUUUUUAGAAUCCUUUUUAGAACAUUAAACCACCAUUACGAUUACGUGUAUGAUUGGACCAUGUUAAAACAGAAAACACACCAGGGCCAACCAAAUCCAGCUAUAUUGCUGGGACAAGCCGAAUCACGUAACGAACGUGACAAAGAAAAGGAGAAGCAAGGCGGAAAGCCGAUGAUAUCUGAUUAAAUCCAUUUCAAAAACAAUUUGUGAAAUAGCAAGCGUAUUUUCUAGAAUUAGAACUGGAAUUUGAUCGUAAUAAAUAAUGCAAAUUCAUUUUGCACUUCUGAUGGAUAUUGAUAUAUAAUUUACAAUAAUUACUGUACACAAUUUGAAUUACGUCAAUAAAGACUAAUUGUUUUAAAACUGA